AUGCCGUGGCAUCCACAACCGGGUGAUCUUAUACAAUUCCAUAAGCAUGUUUACUCGCAUUGGGCAGUGUUUGUGAACGACGACUAUCUAAUUCACGUGCAAGCACCUGACGGAGGACGUAAAAGCGGAACUGUCACCAUCGGAAAGCAAAAGCUUGAUAGUUAUCUAAAUGAGCACUUCGUUGGAGUAACCCUGUGGGACUUGUUCAAUAACCAAGGAAAGUCAGGAGUGCAGCAAAUGGGAUGUCUGGCAUCGGUAAAUAACAGAUUUGAUAAGAUCAAGAAACCUUUUGCUGUGGAUGAGAUCAUCAGAAGAGCUGAAAGUAGGGCUGGGGAUAACUGGGAGUACGAUCUUUUCAAACACAAUUGCGAACACUUUGCUCACUGGUGCCGGAAUGGAGUGAAAGUGAGCAAGCAAUCGCCCAACGCCACAGUCUAUGAAACCGAAGAUGGUGCGUACGUAACAGCCCAAGCUGGUGGAACAAACCUAGGUCCUAUUGACUUUAAAUUACUGAGCUAUGACGGGGGCUACCAUAAUAGUAAUGGGCGAGCUGGAGUACACUCAAACGCUGAACUCUAUAGCUAUGGAAUUGCUAACACUGUGAGAACUACUGUUGGCAUGGAAAAUCACUACGGAGGAUACGCAGGAAGUUACGGAGCUGGAUAUCAGGCGGAGACCAAGUUUGUAAAAGCAGAUGUUGGACCCGUGAGUGCAACAUUAGGAGCUUCAAUGUCUACCGGAGUAGACUUCUCAGAUGGCGUUAAAGCAGAAGUACUUGGAACUGGCUUCCAAGCAGAUUCAGACAAAGUAACAGUCAAGUUGUUCGGAAAUUCAGUAGGAGUCACAUAUCCAUGGAAAUGGUUCAAAUGA